UCUGAUUGGACUUACGCACAUGUUGCUAUCAUUUAACAAUCAGGGAAGAGUGAAUCCCUGUCUCUGUGUCUCUUGUCUGAACUGAAAUCCAUCACAAAAGGAUUUAACUCCUCGACCACAAACUGUACCUCAGCUGUUUCCACAUAGCAGUAUCCUCAGCUCAGACCUGUCAGUAAAGAUGUAUCGUGGGCUAGUGUUACUGUUCUUGGUUUUGGUGCUGGAAACCCGAUGGAGUGAGUCGAGCUGUCAGCAGUCAGAGUCUCAAAGAGCAGUUUCAGGCGAGAGUCCGAGUUUUCGGCGGUCGCCUCAUAACUUGCUGAAGAGGUAUAAUGACAUAGAUUAUGACAGUUUCGUCGGACUAAUGGGGCGCAGGAACGCCGACACAGAAGAUAUACCACCUCAGCGUAAAAGGGAAAUGCACGAUAUCUUUGUUGGACUCAUGGGGCGACGGAACGCUGACCCUGACACUGGGCGUCCAUGGAGAAAAGAGUAUCCAGAAACAGGAUCGAGCGGAGGCAUCUUCUUCAACAAAUGCAAACUGAGGUUUCGUCGUGGGUUAUAGGCGAAUGAAUUGUUUCGUGAAUCGUCUGCCCCACCCUGUCGGGACAGCUUCUUUUCAAGAAAUUUCUUUGGAGCAACAACAAAAAGUCAUCAUUUAUUUUACAGAAGUAAUAAAGCAAGAGAAAAUAUUUAUAUAAGAUUAAUCAAAUAAACAUGAUUUCCUAUGGUGUGAUUUGUUUUAUUGUAUUGCAAAUUAUACAUUAACCUAGAUUAAAUGUCUCCACAUUUACAUAUCCACUUACAUCCCCUGCAUUUCAAUAUAUUUAUUAAAAGUAAUUUUUGCUGUCUAAUGUAUAAAACAUGAUUUUGUAAAUAAAAAUAUCUAUCUGAUCUCACAAUGUUUUAUUAGUCAAAUGUUUAAAACAACAUAAAAUAGCGACCCCGCAAAAUACUGUACACAGUAAUAAUUUGCUACAUUUGCCAAAACACAGAAGCUUCAUGACUAACUGCAUAUAUAAUUAUGUACAUCCAUAUAUUUAUUUUAACUUGAUAUCAACUUAAUCAUACUAGAAGAAACAUGAUGUCCCUAAUACAAAUGACUAAUGCUUUAAGUUUGACUUUGAGUGUUAGUGCUUUGGAUAUCAGUAGAUAGUUAAAGCACAGUAUGUCUUUAAGGAAACAGUUUAGUAAUGUAACAAUAAUAGACA